AUGGAGGGGCACAUCAGCUCGCUUGCGCAGAUUCAGUACAGUUCAAGCGCCAACGGAGAUGUGGUGGCUCACCUCGUCAACCAGGCGUUUCAGGCCUGGCGACCGACAGGCGGUGGCGGUGGCGACAACGACGGGUUCGUCGCGGUCGAAUCCGAGCCCCCAAGCAAUGGUGGUCCUGUCGAACGGCUGUGCGGUAUUGGGAUGAUGUUCAGGGACGCCAUUGAUCUUGGCGACUAUGUGUGGUCCAUCAAGCACUGGAGCACGAAGUGGGCGGCGCUCCAGGGAAACAACCAAGUCGCCACCAUUGCCAGAACGAACCCGCAAGCACUGACUGAGGCCAAGACUGCGCUGUCAAGCUACCGGGCGUCUGGCGCCAUGCUGUGCAGCCAAGCGAGGAAGAUGGCGUCUUUGAUGGAGGAGAAGCUGAGGGCUGUCAUUGAGUGGGACCAAAGGCUCCGUGACAUACGCCAAGACAGAGUGUUGAACAAGAGCUUGUAG